GGAAAGAAAGAAAAAAGGGGUGGGGUAGGGAGGCGAUAUUGCACAACGAAUCCCAAGUAAUAGCUUGUUGGAACUUGGUGCUGAACUGCCCUUGCUGCUGACCCUGCUAACCCAUCACUUUGUCAUUCACUAUGUGAGUGAGGAUCAGCACUGUUCCCCUGAAGCUUGUGGCUGACACACGUGUCAAAUGGAUGUGCUUUGCAGAUGAAAGCAUAUCUUUUCUCCUGCAGGCCCUGGAUGUCCAUUUCUUUGUACUUCCCAGGAAGAUUAUCUACAAUCCAUAAGAGCAUCACUGCCUUCAGAUUUAGUGCAAAGGGCCACCUAAUCUAUUGUUCUCUUUUCUCAUUCUCUAGCAAUUAAAAUUCAGAGGAAGCACUAUUUUGAAACAGGAGGGUUUAGAACUGUUGCCUUUUUAGAAAAAAAUUUUUUUGACAAAAUGCCUUAGGCACUUAUAAUAAUAAACUUGCCACCCAGUCACUAGUUUAAAGUUUAUUUUUGUUUCUUUUCUGUUUCCAAUGACAGCCAUCAAGAACCCCCUGGGGAGCUUAUAAGCAGGGCAUGAAGGUGAUAGAUGAAUCCUGCUGUUUAUCUCUAGCACCUGGUUUUCUGAUGUAUAGGGUUGUAUCCAAUUAAGUUGUCCUGUUAGCGGAAGGGAUGGGGGAACCCCACAGAACAAAUUUGGGGUGGGCGCAGGGGUUGCCUGAGGAAAGGAGAGGAAGAGGCAGCCUCUUUGCACGGGUGGAAGUCCUUGCGCUAACGGGUCAACUUCUUUGGCUACAACUUCUUGUGUCAGCGAACAUGGAAGUUCCAUUUGCUUGAUAAUAGACAGGUGCUUUCACUAUGUUGUUUUUGGCACCUGCUAAAAAACUGUUUUGCUUAAGCCUACCUGGAAAAUCUGGUGUGUAAAUGGGAGAUUUAUUUUCAACCAACCAAAGGCCAAGUAAAAUAGGAAACAUAUUUCUGAGGUUUUGGAACAGGACUGAAACUAUUUCUAAUACACAAAUUUCUCUUUCACUUGAUAGCUGUACCCUUGAUCCACUAACAUUUUGCCAUUCAUUUUGUUUUAUUAUUCUAAAAUACGUUCGGUAUUAUCAUUAUUCAUUCUAUUCAAUAGAGUUGCUAUUUAUUAUUUCCUACAGGAAAAGGACUUACCCUGAUUCUUCAGUCCUAGCAACUUUUCUGCCAAUUGCCAGGGACUGGAAGAGGAUGCCUCCACACCAACCAACAUAUCCCUCUGCUAGCGUACCUUUGUGUGGAUUUUAGUUGUAAACCACUUUCAGAGUCAAGAUUGGCUUAAAAGCAGAUUAUAAAUAUAAUAUAAUAGUUGUGUUUACUUGGAACUGAGUGUCAUUGAUUACAAUUGAUUUCUAAGGAAGCAUUGUGCUUAGGGGUUUUAUCAUUGUAUAUAAUACUUGAUAUUCAAAACAUUCUAUCAGAUAGAUAUUUUUGUGCUUUAAUGUUCCAUUCACAGGUAAGAGAAACCAAGGUGAGAAGGGCAGUAAGUGUCCAAAGCCACCCCAAUGAAACUACUCAAGGAUUUGAUCUCGGGCACCCUAGCAUUUAAUACCUGAACUUCAGCCAUGUCAUAACUCCUGCAAACUCUCCGCAGCUAAAAUUGGAAGUAGUAGUCUACCUAAUUAAUGAUGCCUUGUUAUGCUGCAAUGGGCCCAUGCACCUCUGGUGGAUUAAUGUGUAUCUUAGCCUGGCAUUUUGCCCAGGAGGAAGAACUACUGUUUAAUACAUUAAAUCUCUCUGGCAAGCCUGAAAAACCUGUUUCCUCUUCUUCAUAAAUCACAAUCUGUCUCCAAAACAUGCAACACCAAUAUGCCGACAACAUUCACCACUGUUGAUCAGCGGGAACAGCCUCUCUUCCAGGAACCUAUUAUGGCGGAGGCAGGAGCAGAUGACCCCGUCCUGGUAGAACAAGAGCUCCGUGACAUGGAUGAGGACCGUUUGUGGGAGAUGGUGGAGGGUCAUCGCUACAGAAUUGUUCGUGGUGUCUGCCCAAGCCGUCUUACCCCCUACUUACGUCAGGCCAAGGUGCUGGGCCAACUGGAUGAGGAAGAGGUGCUGCACAGCCCCCAGUUCACAAACAGUGCCAUGAGAGUGGGUCACAUGCUGGAUCUCUUGAAGUCCCGUGGGAAAAAUGGAGCCCUCGCUUUUCUGGAAAGCCUGAAACUCCAUAAUCCUGAUAUUUAUGUGCUCAUCACUGGUUUGGAGCCCUCCAUAGACCACAAUCAUUUCAGUGACCUGAUUGAGAGCUCCCAGCUGACAGAAUGCUUGGCCAAGGCAGUGAGCAGCCUGCAGGAAGAGUUGAGCCAGGAGAAGCGACAGAAGGUGUCUUUGCUCCAUCACUGCCGCAAGCUGAAGGAGAACACUGCCCGACUGGAAGCACAAGCUGAAAGCCUGCGGGGCAUUGAUGCUGAGUGUAACCGCAUGAAGAGGGAGCUCAGUGCCCACUUCCAUGAGGCACUCAAGCUUAAAGAUGAACUUUACGGCCUGUCUUUACGCUACAGCAGUGCCCUGCAGGAGAAGGACCUGGCUAUCACCCGCUGCCAAAGCCUGCAGGAAGAGCUCUACCUGAUGAAGCAGGAAUUGCAGCGAGCCCAGGUAUCAUCAUACUGUGAAAGGGAAAGAUCCCAGAGGACAACUGAGGACAUACAGCCACAGGCAGAUGAGCUUCUGAUGUUGAGAGAGGAGAAUGAGCAUCUCAAGUCAAUGGUGGAACUGGAGACUUUCAGUGUGGUACAGAAGGAUAUUCUGGAACAGAACCUUGAUGAUGCUCUGGAGGGCAAACAGGAGCUGUUGAAUCGUAUCCACUCGCUGAGGGAGCAGGCGGCAUUUGCCGAGAAUCAGCGCAAGCAGUGCUGGAAAGAAAAAGAGCAUACACUGAUUGAAUGCCAGAGGAUGAAGGUGGACUGUGAGAUAUACAAGGAGAAAAUUAGUGCCCUCCAGGCACAAGUGGCUGAUCUGCAGAAAGAGAGAGAUCAGGCCUACAGUGCAAGAGAUGCUGCUCAGCUGGAAAUUUCUCAGAGCCUCCUGGAGAAAGAUUCACUCCGUCGCAAAGUCUUUGAGCUCACGGAUGAGAUCUGUGAACUCAGGAAGCACACAAACCUGAGAGUCUCAACAAUCACAGUACAGAGGAAUGGACCAACCAGCUGUGAGCCCAAGGAAUAUUAUCCAAAGAGGAAGCAGCGUCUGAUCCGCAUGAAUGCAGUCUGUCCCCGGGAUGACAGCCAGGACAGCUUCUUGAGCAUGUCUGAGUCUUGGUCAGAGUUAAGCAACAGGUCAAGUCAAGACCUAACUGAGAGCUUCCGGUCCUGCAGCCCCGUCCCACCAUGUAGGCACUCCCUGCAGAGGAGAGCCAUGCAAGAUGCUUCUUUUUCCAGGAGCAGUUCCCUGGAGUUUCUGGAGGAGGAUUUUGCUUUUGCUUCUGAGGAGAAAGCAGAAGACCCCCCUUUUGAGUAUGAGAUGGAGGGGAAAGUUGAUGGCACCUCCCUGUGGCUCCACAUAGAUCCCUGCAUUUCAGAGAGUGUGCCUAUGCGCCGCCGGCCUGCACAGCGCUUCCCAAGCCGCAUCACUACCAUUGCCUUCCAAGCCAAUGCUUUGCUGGAGCAGAUCAACAUCAUUGGGGGCAACCAGACAGGCAUCUUCAUUCACCAAGUCACACCUGGCUCUGCUGCUGAUGAGAUGUCUUUGUCACCAGGCCAUCAGAUUGUGCUGGUGGAUUAUGGAGUAAUGGAACCAGGUUUCAAGGCUGUCUUGGAGGAUGCAACACUUGAGGAGGCACUUUGGAUCCUGGGAAAGGUGAAUGGCUUCUGCUGCCUAUCUGUGCAACUCAACAUGGAGGGUUACAAGAAGCUGCUGAGUGACCUGAACUCCAAGCUGGUGACGUCUGGUGACUCUUUUUACAUUCGGUCCAACCUGUGCCUUGAGAGGCAGGCAGCUGGGGAACUUACAGUGGGGUGCCAUGAUAUUCUACACAUCACUGACACAGUGUGCCAGGGCCACACCCAAUGGAGUGCCUGUCAGGUGAACCCCUACACCAUGAAAGACAUAGAUGCUGGCACUAUCCCUAACUACUGCCGGGCGCAAGAGCAGCUCAUCAUCCUGAUCCAGGAACUGGCCCAGAAGAGCACAGUUUCUCACAAGAAUUCUGGGGUGCAGCCCAAACUGGUGCGUAUUGUUAGCACAGACAACAACAAAACCAAUCCACUCUGGUCAUCCAUGGAUUAUAUCCUGUCAGACUCCAGCAAGCCAAAUGUGAACCAUCGAGUCAGUCUCCACACAAGCUGUGUCAGCCUGAUGCCAUACACUUUAGUCAGACCCUGCAGGCCCGGCCGGCCACGCCCAGUCCUCUUGGUGCCUGCACUUUUGCGGAGGAUCCUGGCUGACAAGCUGUGCCUGUCCAAGGCCUUUGAGAAAUGUCCAGCAGAGCCUCAGAGUGAACCACAGCUCAGAGAUGCCACCCUUGGAAAAAGAGAGAUGAAUAGCAGUUGUUGUGUUUCCCAUCAGGCUCUGGAGGGGCUAAUGCAAAAGAAUGUGCAUGGCUGGCUGGACCUGGGCCUCGAGAGUGUGCAGGAACUUCUGGCUAUGGAAAUCUAUCCCAUCAUUAUCCUGGUCACCAUCAAUGAAAAGAAUGGAAAGAAAUUCAGGAAAGCCCUACAGCGCCUUGGAACAACUGAAGAGCAACUUUUGGACACUGCCCGGAAAGAGGAGGCCCAGCUGGAGACAGUGCCAUGCCUCUACGGCACCAUCACCCCCGAUGCCUGGAGCGACCAUGAUGCUUUGCUCAGCUGUGUCCGCAUGGCCAUCGCUGAUGAACAGAAGAAGGUGGCGUGGGUGGAAGAAGUGCCUCAUUGAUCCCUUUGGAAAUGGGCAAGCAUGCGCCCCGAGUCACAUCGUUUGUCUCGGGCCUCGGAAAGACUUGAAGAUGCUACAGUUUAUCCUGAAUUAAGCUCAUGAGGGACUGGGGCAUGUUCUUAAAUCUCCCAGCUAUGAAGAAUGAGCAACCUGUUUACUGGGUGAACAAUUAACUUGUUACACGGUUUGAACUCUCUCAUACAUAUACACACACGCUUCUAAGCUUACUUGGCCUUUUGCCUCCCACCUCUGACUACAUCCCAGCUAUGUUUGGUGGUGGUGACUAAGCUGAGGCCCAUAUGCAGUUGUGUGUGAAAUGUGUGAGUUCAGGUAAAUGGAUAUUCAACGUUGGUUUUAAAAUCCGGAACACUUAUUCUUUCUCUUCUCCCUUCACUUCACCUCUCUUGCCUAGCUCCAGUUCCAUUCACCCACCAAGUCACACUUUUUGUGGGAGGGUAGUUGGGGCUAACACAAUGGCCAUGUAAUGAAUAAGCAGUGCUUAGUGUGCAGGGGUAACUACCGUGUUUUUGCUUAACAGCCAACCCUCGAUGGCCAUAUGUCAAUGGUGUGUGUAGCCACCUACACUCUCCCAUGCACACACACAGGACGUAUGCAUCUGUGCAGAUCAGUUGAGGAAGAAGAGGGGUUAUUGCCCCUUCCAUACUAAUUAAAUGAUUCCUCUGAUGACUGGGGAGGGGAAGCUCUCCAUCCCCACCAGGGAGCACUGGACUAUGGUUUAAAUCUGUUUGUCCAUGUUGUCUUUAGUUCAAUUUUUCCCAUUUUUUGCCACCGCUGCUAAAAUCAGGUAUCUGGGGGCAGUAAAAAAAUGGUGGAAGGGGGCAUGCAUCAGACUGUUCUCCAGGGAUUAGCCACUCCUGACUGACUUCUCCUUGCAACUAUCCUAUAACAAUUCCACCCCCCCUUUCAAUCCAUGGAUAUCUCGUUACACAAUUUAGAAAUAGACUAUGAAUGAAAGUACAGGGGCUGAACUCAGUUGGCACAGGACACCCUGGGAAGAAAGUUUGUGGGUUGUUGCAGUGUCCCAUGAGCUGAAGCAUGUGUUGGAAAGAGAACACUAAAAAAAAGAUAAAAUUGUCUUAGUCUUACAAAAUAAUCUUCUACUUCAUUUCAUUUAAGGGAGAAUAGUCAUUGCAGUUUGCCUUUUCUAUAUUAAAAUUGAGCAACUGGAAUGUUGUUAACCAGCAAUUGAGCAAGGAUUUGACGAUCCUUGGACGAAUGUUCCCUUCAUAACCAUAUGUUAUCAAAAUCUGAAAUCCAUUUUCAGAAAUAGAAGUGCAAUCCAGAGUAUUAGGCAUUCUUCUAUUGCAUUGAAAAUCAAUACAUUGUUCAACAGAGUUAAAAGCUAUGUCACUGAUUUUCAUGGGACUUUAGACAAGGUUGUUUCUGUGACUUGUACCCAAAAAUGUGUAUUCUGGAUUUUGCUUAACUGAGUAUAGAUACUAGGUUUUUACAGUGCAAUCCUAUAUAGGCCUAUUUGAAAAUGAGCCCCAUUGAUUUCAAUGGGACUUGCCUCUAAGUAAGUGGGUAAUAAAGGGUGGGGUGCUGUAUGAUUUUCUCUGCCUGUGCCCUCCAGUCCCCUUCCCCCAAAUAUAUGUGACCAUGUGGUCUCUCCUUUAGUGUACUGGGUAUCCCAGAGCUGUCUGGCCUUCUGUGAACACCUGCUUCUCAAGAAUCUGAGACUAUUAAUAGACAACAAGGUGUUAAUGCCAGAGACUGUAGAUACAAUAUUGUAAACAAUUGUAUAUUCAUUCACGUUGUCUCUUACCUGGUUCCCUUCCACUUUGUUAAUCAAUCAUGCAGGUAAAGCAUGUUGGAUUUUAUUUCAUUUUGUAAAAUAGCAUGGUGAGAGAUGGCUCUGUUGCUUGAAUUUAGAAACUGUAUUAAAUUAAAAUUCUUGUUGGACACUUCCUGUAUGUUCCGUGCCACCCACUGCUGUGCACAAAAAUGAUUCCAAGCCAAAUGUCUGUGGAGGCUUCCCGGCUGAAGGG